UUAAAAUAUUUCAUGAGUUUUGAGCAUGCUAGGACUACGGCUUUCCCGCGAUAUUUAAAUUUUUGUCAAUGAACACUUACGUUUACAUGUUAACGUAGAACUUUCCCCUAUGAAUUUUUGGAAACUAGUGUCAUGUCUCCAAUGAAAAUAAAAUUUGUGUCGCGAAAAAUCAGCAGAAUUAGAUGGCUUCCAAAAAGCACCUCUAUGUUUGUUACCGGCUCUUAUGAUGAUGAUGAAAAUAACAUAUGUAUGUGGAAAUUUCCUGACCAAACACAGAUGAAUGAUGGCAGUGAUGAUUGUCUAAAAGAUGAUGAACCUAAUGUGAUAAGCAAAGAAAAAUUUACAGGUUCUGUUACAGACUUAGAAGUACUUUCAGAGGAUUUAAUUUUUGCCUCUUCUUCUGUAGGAUCUCUGUGUAUAUUUAAAUAUGCAGAAGAGAAAGUUCAGUGUACACACACUUGGGAAAACGUCCAUCAUUUUAAGCGAGGCACUGCUGCUGCAACAGGAAUAGCAGUCAAAGGACAAGAUAUUUCUAGUGUAGGUGAAGAUGGAAGGCUAUGUAUAUUUAACUUUAUUGUAAACAAAAAAGUACGAGAAAUAGAAAGCUCAAAUCUCUGCUCGUUAACAUGUGUAAGUUAUUUAAGACAUCAAGAAGUGAUAGCAGGGAAUUCUCUUGGAUAUUUAAGGUUGUGGGAUUUACGCAGUUCCUCAGAUAGUCCUGGAUGCUUAUUAAUGAUAUCAAGAGAACAGACUGGAGUAUCUAGUAUGAAUGUUCAUCCUACACAGUCUCAUAUUCUAGCAACUGGUCAUGAAGAUGGUUCUCUAUGCAUCUGGGAUAUGCGGCAAGAAAAACGGCCUAUGUCAUUAUUGGAAGGUCAUUCAGCAGCUAUAACAGAUCUCCUAUUCCAUCCAGUGAAUCCUGAUUUCCUGUACACAUGCUCAUUAGAUGGAACUGUAUGGCAGUGGGAUUCCUCACAGUUAAGAAGUAGUACUUCAGGAUUUACUCCCUCUUUAGAUUCUCAAGAUCAGAAUGUCCUGAAAGGAAAUCCUUGGUUACUUUGUGAUGACAAUAAGCACAAACUAGAAAUCACAUCUCUCUGCUCACAAUCAAUAUGUGUUAAUAGCUUGGAUUUAAGUGGUUCUAUUUUAAUAUGGGGAUCAGAUAAUGAAGCACUGUAUAUAUUGAAUGAUAUAGCAGUAUGAAUCUGUAAUUUUCUUCUUGUUUGUCUUCCAAAUUGAUUGUUGAUUUUAAUUCUCAGCGCAGUUUUGGUGCUGGUAUAACUUGAAGAAAUGUUUCACACACUGCCAGUUCUUAAUCACAUAAUGAGCAUCUGUAUAUUUUCCAUUCAAUCAUUGAAUGUUUCAUUCCAAAUUUUUCAAUGUAUUAUAUUGUAUUUUAAACAUCCUUUUGAAAAGUUUAUGCGACAAAUAAAUAGCCAUUUUUUUAAAUGUG